UUCUGAGCUCAGUGUUUUAAUACUUUUAUACUUUUUCAUUUUUGUACUUGUAAUACAUAUUGAAAUACUCUUCUUUACCCCACCCCUAACCACCAGAAUGGAAAAUUUACAUCUAUCCUUUAAAAUCCAUCUUAGAUUACCUUUCCUUGGAAAAGCCUCUCUUGCUUUACAAGUAACCAUUGGCUCCUCGGUCAUUUUAUUCAUGUGACUACUGUUGAGUAUAUCAUGUUGUGUCGCGUGAUGGUGGGAGUGAGUCUCCUGUCUGCAUCUGAGUGUCUGGCUGGCUCUGUGCCUGCUAUAAAGUAGGAGCUGAAUGGACUGGGAUGGGUUGUUGGUUUUAGAACCAGAUUCAGCUAUAUUACUGAGCUCCUAUUAGGGGCCGCGAUCAGAAAUGAGCACAGCAAAUGUGUAUCUCUUGUUUGCACAUGCACAUGUAUGCAUGUGGUAGGUGGUGCAGCCUUGUCAACUUUGAUGGUCUAAAAUCUCAUGGGGUAAAUUUUCAAGAUACAAAUUCAAGAGUCUCACUCUCUGAUAUUUUGAUUUAGAAUAUCUGGAAUCUGGUAGGAAACUGUAUUUUGGAAAAAAAAAAAAACACUUCAGGUGACUUUGCUCCCUAGUUGAACAUCUUUGUCAUUGCACUAGGAAACUGUUGGGUCUUCUUUGUCCAUUGGGAAGGGCUUAGCUGUGCCAUAUGGACUCCUGUUAGAGUCUCAUUGCCCAUACUUUGGGGAGGCAGUAUGAUUCUCUUGAGUAGUUUGUGGUAGUAGUUUGAGCUUUGGAAUCAGAAAGACUUGGAUUCAUUUCUUGGUGUUUGUGAGAUCUUGAGGUCCUUGAAGUCCCACUUUGCUCAUCCCAAAAUAGCAGUAAUCAUGGCUACUGUGUGUAGUUACAUAGAAGAGUGGGAGUGCAUAUAAGAUACUUAACACAGUUGGAACUCAGGAAAUGGAAGACAUUGUUAUCAUUAAUGGCUGUUCUCCCAGAGUGUGUCCCUUAUCAAAAGGAGAUCUCAGGAAGCCUGUUGGCUCUUCAAAUGGAGUCUCAUGUAGGAAGCUGCCUUAUGUAAUUUCCUCAAGGUAAUUUCUGCUUAUCAAGGAAAGCUAUGACAAAACUGUGCUUCUCCUCAGGGCAGUUGCAGUUGGUCUUUCCCCUGGAAGAAAUUUGGAAUGCUGACUCAUUAGAGGGUGUAGACGGGGCACUGCCUGCAGAGCAGGUCCUGCCGGCCUCGUUGGAGAGGAUGCCCCCGUGUCCGUGAUGGGCUGUGGGACAAGCAAGGUCCUUCCUGAGCCGCCAAAGGAUGUCCAGCUGGAUCUCGUCAAGAAGGUGGAGCCCUUCAGUGGCACUAAGAGUGAUGUGUACAAGCACUUCAUCACAGAGGUGGACAGUGUUGGUGCUCUCAAAGCUGGGUUCCCAGCAGCCAGUCAGUGUGCAAACCCCUGCCCUGGUGCCCCCACUGUCGGCCACACAGAGCCUCCCUCAGAACCACCACGCAGGGCCAGGGUGGCUAAGUAUAGGGCUAAGUUUGACCCACGUGUGACAGCCAAGUACGACAUCAAAGCCCUGAUUGGCCGAGGCAGCUUCAGCCGGGUAGUACGCGUGGAGCACCGUGCAACCCGGCAGCCGUAUGCCAUCAAGAUGAUUGAGACCAAGUACCGGGAAGGGCGAGAGGUAUGUGAGUCAGAGCUGCGUGUGCUGCGCCGGGUGCGUCAUGCCAACAUCAUCCAGCUGGUGGAGGUGUUUGAGACGCAGGAGCGUGUGUACAUGGUGAUGGAGCUGGCCACUGGUGGAGAGCUCUUUGAUCGCAUCAUCGCCAAGGGUUCUUUCACUGAGCGUGAUGCCACACGGGUGCUGCAGAUGGUGCUGGACGGUGUCCGAUAUCUGCAUGCGCUGGGCAUCACACACCGAGACCUCAAGCCCGAGAAUCUGCUUUACUACCACCCAGGCACUGACUCCAAGAUCAUCAUCACUGACUUCGGCCUGGCCAGUGCCCGCAAGAAGGGUGAUGACUGCCUGAUGAAGACCACUUGUGGCACACCCGAGUACAUUGCUCCCGAGGUCCUGGUCCGCAAGCCCUACACCAAUUCAGUUGACAUGUGGGCACUGGGUGUCAUUGCCUACAUCCUGCUCAGUGGCACCAUGCCCUUUGAGGAUGACAACCGCACCAGGCUGUACCGGCAAAUCCUCAGGGGCAAGUACAGUUACUCGGGGGAGCCCUGGCCCAGUGUGUCUAACUUGGCCAAGGACUUCAUUGAUCGCCUGUUGACGGUGGAUCCUGGCGCCCGUAUGACUGCACUGCAGGCCUUAAGGCACCCGUGGGUGGUAAGCAUGGCAGCCUCUUCAUCCAUGAAGAAUCUGCACCGCUCCAUCUCCCAGAACCUCCUCAAACGUGCUUCCUCCCGCUGCCAGAGCACCAAGUCGGCCCAGUCCACGCGUUCUAGCCGCUCUACACGCUCCAACAAGUCACGCCGUGUGCGUGAGCGGGAACUGCGGGAGCUCAACCUGCGAUACCAGCAGCAGUACAAUGGCUGAGCUGCUGGCUACGGCCCAGACAUGCCAUGGUCCCAGCUUGGUCAUGCAUCACUGUGCCAUCUGGCCCUGAUGCCCUCUCUGGAGAUAGGCCUGUAUGGCCGGCAGCAGGUGAAUGGCCCUACCCACUUCUCUUCAGCAGCCCCCAUCCUCAUCCUGGGCCUGAGCCUGGUGUGACCAAGUGGAGGGAGCCUGGGGACAUGUGAGCCCUCUGAACUGGCACCGGUGCUCCUUUUGGUGAGCAACUGCUCUGCUACCAGUUGGGAAAGGGUCAGGACCUGGCCUCGGGCUCUUUCACCCCUUGGCUCUUCCCCAAGACCAAAGAGGCAAGCUGUGCCAGGUAGAGGGUGUCCUGUUGUCCCAGGACUCUUUGGGACAGUUACUUCUGAAACCCUCUUUUCUCCACUGAACCUUCAUCUCUGGCCUCCCACAUUCCAUUGCAUCCUGAUCUGUAACACAGAGAGAGGCCCAGGUAGGCCCAAAGCUUGUGUCUUGGCUGGACUCCCAGCUAAGUCUAAACAGUCUCCCACCUCUCACCCAAGAUCUGUCUUCCUUCGUGGUACCCCCAGAGGCCCCUCCUGGACUCAGGACUGGCUAGAACCUCUGGUGGUAGGGCCAUGGCAUAGUCCUUGGCCCUUUUGGACUGUGUGGCCAUGUUGGUAGCAGGCUUGCUCCAGGCUCUAACCUCUCUCUGACAGUGGGAGGGAGAGCUCCUGCCCACCAGCCCAUUGCUCUCAGUGCCUUCUUUGCAGAGCCCACUAUCACUUCUUUCUCCCCCUUGGAUGCCCAUUCUAUUCCCUAGGUGCCUCCUUCCCAACUGUGGGGGAUUAAAGGGAGCCCCACUGCUGCUACCUGGGGAAUGGGGGCACCUGGGCCAAGGCACAGGCCAGGGGCUUCCCAGGGAGAGCCCCAUCAAUAUUCCAGUGUCAGCCCUAGUUCUACCCUUGGUACUGCCCAAUGUCCCUUCCCUUCAGGCUCUGCAGUGGCAUAAAGGCGCCAUCUAGUGUCUGGCAUGAGUAUGGGCAGCCUGGGAAUGACCACUGUGCUCACCCUUCAUCUUCUAGAGGAAGUGGGAAGGAAGGAGCUGCUGUGUUGAGGAAAGGUCCCAGGCUGCUCAGCCCUCCCCUUCUGCUGAGCUUCUGCACAGCUUCAGUUGGAACUUAGCCAUACUGUGUGACCUGCCUCUGAACCCUGAGUGCCUGGGGCCCUGGCCUUCUCACAACUGGCCUUGCUUGGGCCAGCCUGUCCUUGCUUCCUUUCACAGCAUUACCUGUCCAUCCUGGGCCCUGCCGAAUCUUAGGUUGGAGGGAACUCCUGCAGGAGGUGGGUGGAAUUGGGUGGCUGCUCUCCCGGAGGCCUGAGCCAGACCAUUCCUGUGUUAGUCAAGGUGCCUCCCCACCACCACAAACAAGGCUGGAACCCAAGUCCCCUUCUUCCUCAGCUGCUUUCAGUGGCAGGAAAGGAGGUGUGGCCCAGCUUUAGCUGUAGCUAGAUUGCAGGGCCUCUGCCAGCUGGGAGAGACUGGCCCUCACUCAGUUUUUCCCAGUGGGUAGCCUUGGGCGAGGCCCUCCUCUUUCUGCAUGUGCCCACCUCCAGUGGGAAACAAGGCCAAAGAGAACACUCUGGGCCAAGUCGACUGCCUUAAACAUUCCCUCCUAUCCUCAGUGCUCCUGGCACAAGGCAGCAGAGAGCCCAAGCCCUGUGGCCUCAGAAUUCCCCUCACUUCCCCAAGUGCCUCUGGAGGCCUGAACCCUGGGGAUUUAUUUCCUCUCUUGUCCAAGAUAGGCCUGACCCUAAGGGUAGGACAGAGGGAGGUUGGAGACAUGGGCCUUUAUGCCAUGGACCGUAGAUGGAGAGUGUGCAGUUAUUUAUUUUGUGUACUCAGUUUGUAAAUGUAUCCUCUGUACUCAAUAAACAUGCUGCCCUCCCCAGGGAAGGCUGCCCAUCCAUUCUCACAGCCCAGGCUCCUUGCUGUGGACCAGGGGAGGAGAUACCCUGCCAUGCCAGAAGUCAAAGUCCCAGGAGGGGAAGGGGACUCCCAGGAGCCUCUCCCUUCCCUUAUAAGGACAGACAAGAAUACACAAGAGGACAGAGCAUGGCGUCUUUAUUGGAUUGAGAUGGGGAGAGGGCCUGUGGUAGUCUCAGUUGUAGGCUAUGAUCUGGUUGAUCCAGGUGCUGAACUUGCUAACCCGAGUGUAUAUGGCAGGCUUGUGCACGUUGCAGUUGCUGGUGCCCCAGGAGACAACGCCAAUAAGCACCCACGUGUUCCCUUUCUGGCAGACAAGAGGCCCUCCAGAGUCUCCCUGAGGGAAGGAGAGGGGAGAAGUCAGCUCGGCGAUUAGGGGGUGUCACAGGACAGUGAGAGGAUAAGACAGGGUGCUGUUGCUCACCUGGCACGAGGAGGCCCCUGAGCCGCCUGCACAGAUCAUGGAGUCAGUGAUACGUGAGCCCCAGUACUGCCUGCACUGACUCACAGUGACCAGGGGCAAAGCCACCUGCUGCAAGCGUGCUGGGGUCACAUUGCCUGUGGGCCAGAAGGGGGUGGUUAGGCCCGGGAUGACUUGUUCCCAUCCUAGCCCUCUCACCCAGAUUUUUGGCCCAAGUUCCUACCCACGCCGCUGAGGCGUCCCCAGCCAGUGGUGGCACAUGUGAGGCCUGCAGGCAGUGCCUCAUUUGGAGAAGCCAGGCAGACUGGUGUGAUUCGUUUUGUGUACUGGGCCGGGGAGGCGAGCUUCAGUAGUGUCAGGUCAUUGUUUAGGGUGGUAGGGUUCCAGAAAGGGUGCGUGAUGGCCUGUGGAACCAGGAAGGGGCCACGUAGAAUGGGGGGUGGGCACAGGCCUCCAGUGUUGAUAGGUGCUGAGGGGCUAGCCUAGGGCAUGCCUUGAAUUCCUCAUCCCCAGAGCCCACCCACCUGCCCCAUCCACUCUUCCUUUCCGUGUCUGUAGCCCAGACACUCACCUUUGAGAUGGACAGAACCUGCAAAGGCUCAGCAUUGGAUGAUCGGUCAUAUUCGCCCAGGACAACAAAGUGGCGGCCAGGGCUGCAGUGAGAGUGGGGUUGGGCAGCCGCAGGGAGAGCAGAGCAACAAAAGAAGGGCAUCCAGGGAAAGGAGGUUGGAGAGGAGGGCUAGGGGGCAGAGUGGGAGUACUCACAUGACUUUGCAAUGGGCAGCAGUGACCACCCAGGACUGGCUGAUGAGGGAACCACCGCAAAAGUGGAAGCCACUGCUAUCCUGGGGUCAGGAGUCAGAAGUGGGAGUGGGCUCAGGCUAUGCCUAGGCAGGAAGCACCUGGUACCCUGCCCCACACCUAGGGUGCAUGUACCUGCAGGGACACCUGCCAGGGCCAGGAGCCUGGCACUGCAUUCUCCCCGUUGACAAUCCUCUGGCUGAAGCUCAGUACCGGCUUGAUGGCAGGAAUGCCGCAGCCUGCUCUGCCAUUGGACUGGUGAGGACCUGCUUCUCACACCAGCCUGCCCACCUCUCCCCACCUCCUCCUGGGUGCCCCCGGCUCUGCCCCAGAGGUCCAAAUCAGAGGGCUCGUCACUACCCCUUCUCACCCACAGCACUUUUAGGUAUCUCAAUUACCCAUGUCCAACUGGCCCCCAAUUCUGUCCAUUCUCUGACAGCUCUCUCCAACUUACUCCCCAUUGUUCCCCAACUUCACCACCACCCACCAUUUUUCUCCCUGACCCCUGGGAUAGUCUCCUCUCUAGCCUCGCACCUGCUCCAGGCCUCCACAGCCAGAGGUUUCUCCCUGAACUACAUGUCCAACCUUCAUUUCUCAGUUUCCUAAACCCUCCCUGGCUCCUAGCUCUGGCCUUACCUCCUGUCCCAUUUUGAGGCCAGCCCCUGUGCACCUCUUGCCCCCCUCCAGCCCUGGCACAUCCUUUUCUGCUUUACCCAUUCUGUCCACCUGGUUCCCUUCCCGGCAGCCCAGCUGAGCCCCUGGGCAGAAAGCCUGGGCUGGCUUUGGGGGCUAGGUUGCUUGAGGGCUGGUCAGUCAGGGCUGGUCCAGGCCCACUCACCCCAGGAGGAGCCAAGGAGGCCCAGGCUAAGGGUCAGGCUGAGCAGCAGCAUUGUGGCAGAUGUGAGGUUGAGAACUGGGCCUGGUUUUAUGGAUCUCCUCGUCCUUGGGCCAAAGUCCCAGGCCUGAGGCAAGCCAUGCUCUGGUCAGGAGGAGGGUCUCUAGGCCAAGGUCCUGGACUCAGGCCUGGACUUAUCAGAGCCCAGGUGUGAGGCUCUCACUUCCACCCUCCAAAACCUGGUCUCUGAUUGGCUCCCUGAACUACCUCGCAUCCCAAGUGUUGAGCACUGGGUAGCAAGGACCUAUGGUGAAAUUAGGCUUAUGGUAACCACUUGGUGGCUGGGAUCAGGGAAGUUUCCCAGGGCUGUCAGGGGCAUCAGACUUAGAAGCCUGCUCUGCACCCGGGGGUGAUCCUGACAGGUGGAGGGAAGGUCCAGCUGUACCAGCCCUGCUGAGGAAGGCCAGGGCCAUGUGGCCAGCACAGGGGUUCUGGCAGGUCACAAAUCCUAACAGAUAGCAUCUCUGUGACCCCUCACCAACUUGAACAGGAGUCCGUUUGCUCAGAGAGAUGGUGACUCUCCCACCAGCACAUGGUGCAUUUGGUUCCAAACCUUCAUCUGUCUGGCUCUGAAGCCCAUAUUCUUGUUGAUGAAAUGAUAUCUGGGAGGGGCCUAGCACACAGGAGGGUAAGGUGUGAGUCCUUGGUGAUUGGCUGACCUUGGAUGGAGGUUACAGAUACAAGGGUGACGGCCAUCAAUCUCUGACAGCCUCCAGGCCUUGGGGCUUCUGUGGGCAAGCUCUUAGUGUCUGCAGCCCAUUUGUUGUAGAGCUCCAGGCUGAGCCUGCACUGAGGAAGAGAAGACGACCCUGUGUGCAAAGCUGUAGUGGGUAAGUUGGCUGGGCUCCUAGAGGUGUGGGGGCUCUGACUGAUUCAAAAACAUCAGUCAGACAAAUAAGAUGAGUUAGUGGUUGAACAGAGGGAUGGAGGGACAGAAAUGUGAUCAAGCAGUUAUAACACAAUACUAAUUGCAAAGUUGAUUGUGGGUGUAUAGGUGUUUGGUGUACAAUUCUUUCAACCUCUGUGUUUUAAAAUCUUCAUAGUAAAAUACUGGGGGGAAAAGCAUAAUCAGGGUCCUAAGGAUGUCCAUCCCAGAGUAGACCCUCCCCAGAGGUUGGGCAGACGCUCACCGUUCCGGAGGUCCAUUUCAGUCAGCCGUUCUGAGGGCAGGAUGCUCCUGCCAGCACACAGCACCUAGGCUGGCCCGCAGUGGGUACUCAGCAGUGGGUUUGCUGGAUAAAUGUGUCAUGUCAUCUCUCUCGGCAUGAGCCCUGACCCCAGUCAGCCCAGCAAAGUUGGGAGUCAGUUCCCCUGUUCACAGCUCAGCAUGUGCAAAUAGAAGCCCUGUUUGGUGUCAGCACCUCAGGUGUGCCUGGUCACGGGAGGGGUUUCACAGGUAAAAGUGUUGCAGGGGUGAGGAGUGUUUUGUGAAAACGUACUCUUGGAGUCAGGGAGCAGUUCCUCGGUCAGCACUUUAGCCCUCAGUGGGGUCCAUGGGGGCCUCCUUGACUGAGAGCUGUGGGCUUUGUCCUGGGACACUGAUGACCCACGGAAAGACUAGGUAGGGGCAGCACAUGUGGCCCAUCUGGGUUUUACAACAGUCCCCAGUGGACCAGAGGCCAAGAGCAGUGCAUGGGAGUGGUAGGGGGGCCUCUGCAGUGUGGAGAGUCAGGAGGGGGCUUUCCAGCUGGAGCUGUAAUGCUUGCCUGGGGGACUGGAGGAGUAGAUGCCUGAGGCGAUGGGUGGUCACCUCUUAGGCCAAGCCCUGAAACCUUGGCAGGGAGUGGCUUCUUCAGAUGUAACUUGGCCACAGAGUUCUCAUGGCUGCUUUUCCCCCUCCACCCAGGAAGAACAUAGCCAUCUGUUUAAAUAUAUAUAUAUAUUUUUAUUUCCUGGGUUUAUUCCCUCUUGUUCCAAGCUCUGAGCACCAUCCUACUUCACUCCACUUCCAUGGCCUGCACAGUUUCUUCCAGCAGCUCCAGGGUCAGUGGCUUCACUGUCUGGGACAGGACAGCUGUGGUCCCAGGAGCAAAGCGGUACUGGCUAGGCCUGGGAGAGGGAAGGGAUGGCCUCUCAACUUGGGCCCAUCAUGUGGCCCAUCUGUUUCUUGCACCCCCUGUCUCCCCUGCUACUGCCCCAUCCUCCCUAGUGGUCCCCCAUCUCCCAUGCUCUCACCUUUUUAAGGGCCUUGUGGGUGAGCUCAAUGUUCGCAGAAGCUUGGCGCCAGUCCCCAUUAUCACACAUGCAUCCACACUGCCCCCAGAGCCCAGGUCACCUAGGAUCCCUGCAGUGAUGGCUUCCACUAGCAGCUCCUGCGCGGCCUCCAGCUGUGAUGAUACAGGUAUGUGAUGCCUGAUGGACCCUUUUGGUAUCACCUUCAGGCUACAGCCUAGAGGUUUUGUUCGUCUCGAAGCCCAGACUAUUUACCAUUUGCUCAUACCCAAACCCCUCUCUUUCCCUACUCCCAUCUCCAGCCCAAGCUCCCCUGCCCUGGUCUCUGCCUCCCUCUCUCAGAAGACCCUGUGUUCCUAUUGCCCCCCAUCUUCAUAAACCUCUUUGAGUCACUUACACUUGUGGUUCUGCUUCCAGGGCUGUCCACCCAACCAAUAUGGUCUUGAUCCCCAAUCUACUGUUUCACUGCGUUUUCCCUUCUGGUCCUUAGGCACCUCUGAAGCAACACAUGUCACCCACUUCCAUCCCACCCCAAACAAAAUCCAGACCCCACUUGCUGUUCCCUCCUCCUUGAGCUUCAAACGGUCCUCUCUGAGCUUUGACUUCUCCAGGAGUACAAACUUUGGCACUAACGGUGGUCUGCUGGAAUAGCACUUCUUCACUCUAACUCCACUGGCCCCUCAGUCUUGACUCAGUCGUCACCUCCUCCAAGAAGCCUUUCCUGACCUCUAGACUAGGUCAGGAUAUCUCUGUGUUAUCCCAGCUCCAACGUGCACUUCCCAUCAAUGAACGCGUAGUGGGCGACAGGUGUUGCUCACCCCCAUGUUGGGCUGGAACCGAUCCUCCAGUACCGCCAGGGCUGCGUCCUGGCCCGAACCUGCAGGCAGGAGAGCAUCUGAGGUAAGUCCCUGCCAUCCCAUUGCCGGAUGAAGGUGAGGCCAGGGUCGCAGGGGCGGGAUUCGUGGGGAAGGGGCGGAAGUGUUCACCCAGGGCUGUGAAGGGCAGACGGCUGUAGGAGCCGUGGGGGUGCACGCUGUAGAGUUGCGGUCCGGUCAGGUCUACUCCGCCCACUAUCAGCGACGCGCCCACGUAGCCCCGGUACCUUUCGCAGAAUGGGCGUGGUGAGCCGCAAGCACCCGGCUUCAGGUCCCGCUCCUCCGUGACACCGCCCCGAACCCACCCCUCCCCCACUCUUUUCUGUUGUUUGGCGUCCCUGGACCAACAUUGCUCCUUCCUGUUGCCCAGCUCCACUUAGGCCUGCCUUUUCCGGUCUCCGGGGCUUUCUCAGUCCCGCCUUUCAUCCCGUCCCACUUCCUCUCAGCCCCACCCUCCCUGCAACAUCCCUUCCCCAGGGUCAUCUUAGCCCCGCCCAGCACCGGAAGAGCGUUUGGCGCAGAACGCGCGUAACCGUGGCCACACGGGGCUCGCGGCCCGUGGACAGGGCGUGUAGCUCCAUGUUGGACGCCGCCAUUCGCGUGGUCAUCUCGGCGUCCGCGGCUACUCCAGCCCCACAGCAGCUGAGAACGAAGGGAGGGUGGGUGUGGGCGGGGCUGAGAUGGAUGUGCUGUGUCGGGGAUGCGUGGGGGAACGGGGUCGGGGAUUUCUCACUAGAUUUUGGGGGCGAUGAAGUGGAUCUUCUUACAGCUUUUGUCCAUCACUAUGGAAUCUCUGGUGGCCCGCGUAUCCGCGCCCAGGAGGACUCCGUCCUGGGGAGGGGGAGGGGCCUCUAGCUCAGUGUUUGUCGGAUCCCCCCAGCAGCCCCUCUAAACACUCCAGUCCCAACUCCCUGCUCACUCGGAACACAAGGCCCGCGAUGGUGGUACCAGUCUUGUGUGCUUGAGGGCUCCGGAACCCCGGGAGGACGCGUUCUAAGGAUAAGUUUCUGGAAACAGAGUGUUAAGGCCCAGGUUGAGGCUCUUCUGGGACUCCAUCACAUCCUCCAACUCUGUCCCAGCCUCCCUCACUUCUCAGGGUGAGCUUGGGAAUACAAGUCGCCCAACACAUGUUGCCGUCCCUUUGCCCCCUCCAGAAAUAAAGGUCCUGGGGCUUCUGGGAGUAGAAACUGCAGAGCCAGCUCACCCCCACAUACCUCUGGCAGUUCUCGAAAGAGAAGCCCCCUCGGGGCUCUAGCGCUGGCUUCAGCAUCUUGAGGUGGGCAGGCUGGUCCAGGGGUUGGGGGUCGAUGUGGGGGACCAGCCCAGAGUGAGAAAGACCAAAGCCUUGGUCCUCUGUCAGCGUCUUCCCCACGCCCCCCUUGGCGUCUGACUCUUCCUGCUUUCGCUUUCACCUUUCCUCAGAGCCUGGCUGUCACCUUUGUGCAUCUUCUCCUUUACUUCUGGCCCUAAGCAGCUUGGCAAAGGGGAGGUUUCCUUGCUUGGCUCUCCAUCAUGCUCCCUAGUCCUCCGUCUUAACAGAGGGACAGAUCCCUCCCUCUGACCGUUGUUCAGCAGCUUCUGCCUCUUCCAGCCUGAGCCCCAAGCCUUGCCUGUCCUGACCCCAACUCUAACCUCAAGUCCCUCAGCCCUAUGGCUGUCAUAUUGGCCAGGCUUCUGUUACUGCCCUCCCAACAUUAUCAGGCAUGGCUGCCUUUUGUCCUUCAGCAUCCACUUUCUCUCAGUUCCUCUCUUUUGUUGCCUUUGCCUCCUCCCUGAAACUUGAAACCCCAAAGCUCAGUCCUCCAUCAUGGUGACACUGAUCCUUCCAGCUUCCCGGUCUCAGAUGGUGUCUUCUAUCUAACAGAACAGGUGCCAUGGGGCUGCCCAUCUAGUGGCCCGGAAGCAUGCUGGGCUCUACCCAUGGACAAGCCUUAUUUCACAUCCCAAAUUACCCUUUAUUUAUCCACAUCUUUCUCCUACCGCUUUAGCCUCAGCUAGCAUCCUCUCUCUCCUGGGUACUGCACUGUCCUCCCUGCCUUCCCCAAGUUUCUGCCCCUACCCACCACCCCCAGGCUCCCCUUUACUUUUCAGAGAAGGGACUCUUUCUAGAUUGGAAAUCUGGUUACACUCUUUCCCUAGUUAACCCCUUCAGCAACUGCAUAUUGCCCUUAGGCUCAAACUCAAGUCUUUUCAGUGGCCCACAUUACCCUUCUCAUCCCAUCUGAUCUCAGAAUAGCCAUCACUUCCUCUGGGAAGCUUUCCCUGACCCACACACAAGAUUCUGCCCCUUGGUGCUCCCUAAACUUUUCUCUCAGACCACUUAGCUCCAAUAAUUAAUCUUUCAUUAGAAGAAUGAUCUGAUUAGCGACUGAAUCUCCCUCAGAUUCUAAACUCUUGUGCUUCUGUCACAGGCUUAGCACUCACAAGUCCAUGUCCACAGGUGGGUUCUGCCUUCCCUUGGGGGUGUGGGUGGGACAGCUCACAUCUUCCCUGCCUUGUACCCUUAGCUCCACGUGCCUCCAUCCCACAGCUAUGUGUGCAAUUAUCUCCAGUCGCCCACCCCCAGAGCAGAGGCAGGCACAAGGCAGGCUAUGUGCUACAUAAACAGCUCAACCGGGAGAGUGGGAAGCUAUCAUCCUGGUGCUCAGUUCAAUCUCAGGCUUCAUCAAAGCCCAUCUUGCCCUUAUGCUCCACAAAGCACCAGGCCUAUGGCUAUUGCUUGGUGGAUACUGGUGCCUGGAUGCCACUGCCUCCUCUGCAACCCACAACACACAUGUCAAAAGUUAAAGAGCAAAAGAGGGUCUUUAUUCAGGGGGUCGGGGCCCUGGGCUGGCAGCUGGGGGUGCAGGGGUACGACGUCGGUAGGCACCCAGCAGGAUGGCAUUGAUGUGCUCCAACGUCUGGUUGCUGAAGACCAUGUUGAGGUGCUGUGUCCCAUGCAGAGGCAGCAGAUGCACAGGCUGUGGCUGGCGGCUCUGCCAGCGGGCACAGAGCUCAGUGCUGCGUGUGGCCACAGUGUCGUCACCGUCCUCAUAGAGUACCCCCACGGGGUCUGUGUAGGGGAAGCCGUGGUCAAAGAUGUAGGUGUUGGGUGUGGGCAGGCCCACGCCAUACAGACAGUAUACUUCCACUCCAGGUGCUGGGAGGCCUGCCAGUAGGUCACGUGACUGUAGCCACAUGUACCAGCCUUCCUCAAAGUGCAAGUCUGCAAAGAAGCGCUGGAAGUCACGGCCUGUGUAGUUGAAGCUGGGCGUGGAAAUGAACACAUGGUCUUCAGGCCAUACCUCUCUGGAAGGAAACAUCCAAGGGGAGGUCGUUGUUAUGCGCUGUUCCUCUCUCAGCUUGAUGCUGGACACGAUCGGGAUGCCCUGGUUGUCACCUGUGAACACGAAGCAAGGUGGGUCAGGGAGCCAGGUCUGGGUCCCUUGGGCCCACAACUUGCCCCCAACCCAAGUUCAGCUGGAUGCUAAAUCUUGUCCCUACCCAAUCCAAAUCGAGCCUCUGAGCAGGCCUCUGAGCAGUAGGUGUUCAAUGUGUGCUUUUUAAAUGAGAAGCCCUGAUGGCAUGUCUGUGGGGCACAGCUGUAGAGCCUCAGGAGGAGGCCAGGGAAGGAGGGGCCUCCUGAGGACGGGUGUACAUGUGUGAAUGUGGGAGGAUGGUGCUGGUGGUUCUCCCUCAGCUAAUUGGCCCCUGUGGCCUGCGCUGCACAGGGGUCAGAGCUCCCUUCUGGGAAGGAUGAUAUUAGACUGUCUGUGUUUGGCACUUACUGACGUAGUCUGAUGAGUGUUUCCCUCAGCAGACUGUGAGCUACUAGGGGGCAAGCUGAGUAUGGCUAUACCCUGCAUACAGUGCGUGCUCAACAAGUGAUAGCUAUGCCACUUCUCAGAGAAGGGCAUAAGGGUUUCUAGGGUCUGGCCCUGGCUUUGGCAGAUCUGUCCUUAAUAGACAGAUCCCUGGGAAAAUGGGCUCCUGGAAGCAGAGGCAGCUGAAAGCUGAGUGGGCAGGACCUGAAACCACAAGAAACAGACCUAGGUCCAUGAGUCAGAUUGUUGGGGUUCACUUCCUUUCUGUUUACUCUCCUUUUGUCACUGAAGCACCAAAUCACCCAGACUUCUGGCAGGAGCUACUCUAAUGUCUAGGCUAGGGGGCCAGUGACAAGGGCCAUGCCUCAGGGGUGGUAAAUUACGCACUUAGCCUGACAUGGUGAGCACAAGCAGGAGUGAGGGCAGGCCCAUGGUCAGCUUCAUCCCUCUCACUCCAACCCCCUCAUUGACACAGGUGGUCCAAGGCCUCACCUGAAGCCAAGACCAGCAUGGGCUUGACGGAGCCCCCCCAAGGAGCCCCAAGAGAGAUGAAUCCAUCAAUGAAGCGGUCCUUCCAGGCCUGGGGCUGGCGCAGCAAGAAAUAGAGCAAGUGUAGGCAACCAAGGCUAUGACCAAUGAGGAAGACAGGCUUUCCAUAGGCAGCAUGCAUCUCCUCCACCAGCCCAGCAAGCUUCCGGUAGUAUUGCUCCUGCUGGCCUGAAGUAGGGUGGAUGGGGUCAGGGCAACGGAUGGGGUCAAGGCCCAUCUGCCCUGCCCCAAGCCUUCAGAGACACUCACUCGGCUCCAGCCGCCAGUCGUAGGGGGCGGCCCUCACUGUCUCAUCGCGCACAUACCCGUUGUUGACCAGAUUCUGCACUAGUGUGUGCAUGUAACCUGUAGGGGAGGCAGCAGCAUUGGAGGCUCUGGUCAUGGCUCCUGUGGGCUGACCACAGCUGGAGCCCUGCCCUUUCCCCAGUAAACACACCUGCCAGCUUGUUGUUGUCCAGGUACUCAACAGAGUAGGUCUUCCCAAAGCCAGGGACACGGAUCUGUACACCAGGGGCAUUGGACACGCGCCCAGAGCUGCGGUUGUAGACAACCCUGAGGGCAGUGGGACAUUCAGCAGCCCAGUAGCCAAGGGGCAGAGUGUGGGGGCUGGGGCAGAGGGGGUGGCACACACCUGGUGUUAUCUAUCCAGCAGUCCACUCCAAGGGGUAGGAACAUAUUGAGAUCCAGCCAGAUGGUGAAGAAGUCCUCUGUCUUGCGGUAGCACAUCCAGUUCACCACAUCUGGUUUAUCCAGCUUGGCUUCCAGUUGAUUCCCCAGGCAGCCAGGCACUGUGGGCACUAGCCUUCAUUCUGAAUUCCUUGCAUUCCUCCCCACCCUUCUGCCUGUCCCCCCAGCUCCACCCCUUCAUCUCCCAUGCCCUCAACCCCCAGGAACUAAGGAUGUGAUCCUUUCUGAUAACAUCCCCCCCCACCCCAUUCCCCCGGCAGCCCAAAGCCCUGGUUCCCCUCAGGCAGGGGAGGUGCAGGGGCCAAGGCCACUGACCCAUGUCCCCAUAAGGAAAACACCUAGCUUGGCUCUCCAUUAAUGCCAAAGUCCAAGGUGAAAACAAAUAAGUAUGGGAGAAUGGGGGCUGGAGACCUGUUUUCCAAGGGCCGGGCACCUUGUCCUUGCUGGGGUGGGGGCUGAGUGGCUGCAGCUGACCACAGUUUGUAACGCCCUGGCUAAGCCCUCAGGCAUACCCGCCCCCAACUCCACCCCCCUAGGGAAAUCAGCUCAGAGACAGGAACAGGUGGUGGGGGAAGGGGUGGAUUUCUCUGCAGGACAAGCCUUUGGACCCUCAAACACUGAGGCAGGUAUCAGGGCUAAUGCAGGGGCAGAAGGGCCAUGGCAGGGUCUGCUACCAGGGGCUGGGGUCCAAGCUCCCUGAGGUCUGGCCUGGUGCAUCAGGGGCCUGUGGGGGCUUACCGAGGAUGACGGGCCGUGUGUGGUUACUGAGCUCAGCCUUGGGCGUGGUAUGCGGGGGGAAGAGCACAUUGAAAAGCCAGAAGGGGGUGGCAGAGGGGAGCAGCAGCCCCAGCAGCAGGAGCCCCCAUUGCCAUGGGGAGCCCGACGGCCCCAUUCCAGCCCUAGUGCCUACUGCCCAGUGAAGCAGUCCCGGGCUGGCCUUAUCUGGAGUGGGGAUGGGAGGGGCCCUAAGGCCAGUGGGAGGGACAGCCCAGCCAAUGGGGGUGGCCAGACAUUGCCGGAAAGGGACAUAGCCUCAGGGAGCCAGCUCUGGGCCUGGUUUCAGUUCCGCCUUCUUCCCUUGGUGCCAGGGGAAACAGAGACGGGGCAGUAGGAGGCCCAGAAGUACACAAUGUUUUAUUGAAAAAAGUCAGGCCUCAGCUGGACAGUUCCAUUGCGCUUUGCUCCGUGGGGGUCCCUGCCCACAGUAGCCUGAGCCAGAUCUUCCUGCAGGUGGGCUGGGCCAGACCCCCCUCCCUCACCACCCCUUCCCCUCCUCUCUGAUGGUGACAUCCAAACAAUAAAUAUGCAAUAAAUAGCAUUCCUGGGCAGGCUGCCUUCAAAUCCCACAUCAGCUCCCACCAGUCCUCUCCUGGGGUGCUGGAUGGGAAAGUCCCCAAACCUCUCAGGGUCCGUCAGUACCUUGGAUCCUUCUCCAUUGCCAGGCCCAGUCCCAGUCUCCAAGGAGACCUAGCAAAGCUGGGUCCGGGGCAGGGCCAGGCAAAGCAGGACUGGUGGGUGGGUGCUGGGAGGGGGCUGCUACCCUGGACACCUCCACUCUAAGCCACAAGUGUAUAUGAGGCUCAGGAGUAGAUGGUGAUCACUUCACGGCCACCGCCACGCACCAACAGCACACGCUCAAGGCCUUCGGUCAGCACCUCCAGGAACUCCAUGUCUGUAGAGCAUCAGGUCAAGGAGGCAGCACCAGGACCAAGGGCACCCAGGGAAAUCUGGCCUACUAAUCAGGGCUGGGGUAAGCUCUCACCCCCUCAUCUAGAGAGAAGAGCUCCUGGCCUGACCUCCUGUGUGUCCACCUCCCCACUGCCUGCCUCUCCACAAAAGGAUACAGUUCUCAUCACCUUCGCUGUUCUUGGGUGGGCCAGGCAUGUUCAGUAGGACCAGGCGGGCAUCGUGGGAGCGAGUGACAAUGACUUCAUUGAGCUUCACAGCGGUGUGCAUGCGCCGCACAUUGGACUGGUCCCUGCAGGUAAUGCAGCUGAUCGUGGGCCCCACCUCUGGCCCCCCCAAAGACUGUGUACGGCCCCAUCCCACCCCCACACUCCAGUGUGGUUGGGUCCAUUCUUGCUGCACUCACGGUUUAAUAUGCACUAGCUCCCGGAAAUUGUCAGGGGCGUGGCUGGGGUCCCAGGACUCAGCUGCCAUGUACUUGUCCCGAGUCCAUGUCAUCUGGAUCUUGUCAGCCCCAGCUGCAGAGUCAUCUUCCUCGUCCGAGUACAGGCUCUCCAGGCGCAGGGCUGAGUGCCGGUCCUUGACCAGCUGGGCCUGAGGAAAAUCAGAGGAGGUGGCCUCAGUUCCAUGGGAAAAGGGGGGCCUCAUUCUGAUGUCCCAAACUAAUGGUGUCUCCAAAGGCCUGACCUGCCACCCACCCCUACCCCAAACAAGAAAGCCACUGACUUCUCGCUCCCGCUCUGUCUUGGUCAGCCUCAUCUGCCGCAGCAUCUGGGACCGCUGUUCCAUCAUUAGUGUCCGCUCAUAGGUAUAUGCAGAGAUGUCGCUGUUAUGCUAGGGAGAGAGUGGGCCAUGAAGAAUGGGCUGCAUGGGACAGGGUAUCCACAGGGCCACAGGGGCAGGUGACUCACCAUCUCUACCACCUCCACCUCUGCCUCAAGGCGUAGGUGGUACAGGAAGAUGGCCAGAUCCUUCUUCAUCUGGAUGCUGUUGUCAUCCAUCUGGGCCACCGUAAAGAUGCGCAUCCGGCACUUCCUCCACACCUGUGGCACGGGAGCAGGUGGGUGGUUUAGUCACAUUCCACCCCUCCAAGGGCCCAGCGCUUGCCACCAGGGCCCACCCACCAGGCCCACCUUGUGCUGGCGCAGCAGAAAGGGCAAAAGCAUAAGCAUGCCACCGUCGUGCACAAUCCACCACACGUCAAUGUGGCCCUCUAGGUAGCGUUCAUGGUUGCUGGGGUAGAAGGCGAUGUUCUUGGGCACGAGCAGGGCCAAGUGCGCUGCUGUGGUGCAGCGCACGGUGUC